AUGGCAGGAAGCAGCUUAGGAAGCAAAUGGAAGAGCGAGAAGGUAUUGCAGCAAUUGAAACGAGAAGCGCCAGCAACGCUUCAGCCACUCGACUACACUCCAACUCCAAAAGAACCUAUUCUUUGCGUGCAGUUAAAUAAGAGGCUCAAUCAAAGUCGAAAACAUUGGCCACAUGUUCUCGAAAGUUUACCCUCAUCAGUUGUACAACUUCAAAAGUAG